AUGACUCCACUACCACGUCCACGACGUCGCAAACGAACGGCAAACACGGUGGUGGUGCUCAGGCUCCCGCCGCAGGCGCUUCAACGGUUCGACCCACCGAGACAUUAUAAGGUUACCCUCAGGCUUUCGCCGGCAAAUUUACGGCAAAUCAGGCCCCUAGAGCUUUUAGGAGCGAGCGAAGAUAGCGAUGAGUCGCUUGCCGAGUUGUUUCUGCCCGUUUCAGAGGGAAAAGACGAUGAAGUUGACUCCAGGCUAUUGGAGCGAGAACUCGACGAAGUGCUUAACGGCGACGAUAUCGAAGUGACGGAAGUGUCGGCGGUGUCGGGAGCCGCGGAAAUCAAAGAAGUCGAGGAAGUUGAGGAAGUGUCGCUGGCGCUGGCGCCGGCGGCGCUCACUGCCACUACUAGCGCCGCGGCGCUGGCGCUGGCGCCCUACCACGAUGUCCCGGCGCCGAUGCGCGGCUACUUCAACGACGAAAUGCCGCCGCCAGACGAUCUCGUCGCCACCACCGUCGCCCUGCUUGUCGACUCCUACUCCGGCACGCGCCUCCAGUACCCCGUGAAACUGACUCGGUGUAUCCAUUUUGAGUGUUUUGACUUGGAGUGGUUCUGCGCCACCCACCGCAUGCCGUUCUUCUAUGGGCCCUUAAUGGGUGAGCUCCGACGGCUUUCCGACAAGCGCCGCGCCGGUCUCGUCGCCGGCAGCAUCGCCCACUAUUUGCCCACUCAAAACGCCCUCAACUUGGACCGCGCUAUAUUAGUGCGCACCCGCCACGCCACGUUUCGGUGUCCGAUAUGUGAUCUAUCGUUCACGGCGUCCCAGUUGUAUAAACUGGAGCUGAUGGCGUAUAUUUUGAGCCACACACCGACGACGGUCAAGCGGGUGGAGUUGCCUGAUUCCGGUCGGUUUAGGGCGGUGGACGACUCGGCGCAGGCGCGCGCGGUUAGCGCCAGCGCCGAAGCGCUGGUGGUGGUGAUUGAGAGCGACGAUGAUGACGAUGCCGCGGUGUCGGCGCCAGCGCCGGCGCUAGCGCCAAAAGCGCCCCUCGCGAUAAAUUCAUCGGCGCUGGCGCCGGCGCCGGCACGGGCUCGCAACUCGUUCACCGAAAAGUAUAUUGAGUUCUAUUUUGCCCCCUUUGACCGACCGCCACAAGCCACCGGUACCGCCGACGACCCCGUCACCAUCGACUAG